ACUCCGGGCAGGUCUUUCUGGGAGCGCGGUGGGGUUGGCAGAGGCUGAGGGAGGAGGAAAUAAGGGCUAGUCUUGCGGUUUCUCUAACGCUCCCGCGCCUUGCAGUCAGGUGUCUGCCAUGCCAUUCUCAAACAGCCACAACCUUAUGAAGAUGAAAAAUUCCGCAGAGGACGAAUAUCCGGACCUGAGCGCCCACAACAACCACAUGGCUAAAGUCCUGACCUUGGAACUCUACUCCAAGUUGCGGGGCAAGCAGACUUCUAGUGGAUGUAACGUGGAUGACGUUAUUCAGACUGGGGUUGACAACCCAGGCCAUCCCUACAUUAUGACUGUUGGGUGUGUGGCUGGCGACGAAGAGUGCUACGACGUGUUUAAGGAACUCUUUGACCCCAUUAUCGAGGACCGGCAUGGGGGCUACAAGCCUUCAGACCAGCAUAAGACGGACUUGAAUUCUGAUAACCUGAAGGGAGGCGAUGACCUGGACCCCAACUAUGUUCUAAGUUCACGAGUCCGAACCGGUAGGAGCAUCCGUGGCUUCUGUCUGCCGCCUCAUUGCAGUAGAGGGGAGAGGCGUGCGAUUGAGAAGCUUUCUGUAGAAGCUCUGGCUAGCCUGGAAGGAGACCUCAACGGGAAAUAUUAUGCUCUGAAGAACAUGACAGACGCUGAGCAGCAACAGCUCAUUGAUGACCACUUCCUGUUUGACAAGCCCGUUUCCCCUUUGCUCUUGGCCUCUGGGAUGGCACGGGACUGGCCCGAUGGGCGGGGCAUCUGGCACAACGACAACAAGACCUUCCUUGUGUGGAUCAAUGAGGAAGACCAUCUUAGAGUUAUUUCCAUGCAGAAAGGGGGAAACAUGAAGGAAGUCUUCACCCGCUUCUGUACUGGGCUAACGCAGAUUGAAAAUCUCUUCAAGUCCAAAGGCUAUGAAUUCAUGUGGAACCCUCACCUUGGCUUCAUCUUAACUUGCCCUUCCAACCUUGGUACGGGUCUCCGUGCUGGCGUUCAUAUUAAGAUACCCCACCUUGGCAAGCAUGAGAAGUUUGGUGAAAUCCUCAAACGGUUGAGGCUGCAGAAACGCGGCACAGGUGGUGUAGAUACAGCUGCUGUGGGGGGCGUUUUUGAUGUCUCGAAUGCUGACCGCCUUGGAUUCUCUGAGGUGGAGUUAGUACAGAUGGUGGUUGACGGGGUGAAGCUGCUGAUCGACAUGGAGAAAUGCCUUGAAAAAGGCCAGUCCAUUGACGACCUCAUCCCAGCUCAGAAAUGAAAAGCACUUUAACCCUGCUCCCGUCCAUGCUUCUUCCUAACUUAUUGGAUGAAAUAAUCAAAAGAAGAAACACUCCAGUUUAAAAACAAAAACACAAAAACCUGUUGGAGUCAAAAGAAGAAAAUUUCCACUUAGUAACACUUGUAGAAAAGUCUUCCAUCCAUAUGUGUUAGAGUUUAUUUUUUUGAUGGCUGAGAUGUCACUGACAAACUGAAAUAAACCAUUGUUUGGCCUGAUGAA